AUGAAAAAUGUUAUUAUUUGCGAUUUUGAUGAAACUAUAACUAAUCGAGAUACCAUCAGUAUUCUAGGUCAGCUGCCUUAUUACUGUAAACCAGGUUCAAAGCCAGAAUGGUCACAUUUUACAGACACGUACAUGCAAAACUAUGAAAGGUUUCAUCAAGGUUCCCUUGGGCAUCUUUCGCAGAGAUCAUUGCCUCUGCUCAAAUCAUCGGGGUCUGUUAUAACUACUUCAAACUUCAAAACGUUCUUCGAAGAUGAGUUGAAUUAUCAAAAGGAUGCAAGACGUCUUGAGAUGAGUAGUACAAAUGAGAUGGCCAAGUAUAGAAUAUUUGCCAAUAUAACUUUCUCUGAUGUCUCGCGAUUUGCCAAGAAGAAGCUCGAGGAACAAUGCUUCUCAGUGAGAAAAGGGUUUAACGAAUUCAUGUUACCAAUACCGAAAGAUGAUCUCUAUGUUAUUUCUGUGAACUGGUCGGGUGAGUUCAUUGAAGCAUCCAUAGGAAAUAAUAUAAUUGCCAGAGAGCAUAUAUAUUGCAAUCAGUUGCUCAGCGCCAAUACAGUCUAUACUGGGGAUUUUUCCAACCGUUUGUUAACUGGGGCGGAUAAAGUCGAUGUACUAGAGGAUAUCUUAACAGACAGAGAACCGUCUAGUGCUAGGUUUUGGUAUAUUGGUGAUAGUGAGACCGAUCUUCUUAAUAUCCUACAUCCCGAAGUCAAUGGCGUUUUAUUGAUAGAUCCUGUGCAAAACGAAUCAAAGUUCAAGAAGCUCAGCUUAGAAAUACUAGGUCUGAACCAAAAGAUAAUUGAUCAGUUUAUCGAUGACAAAGAUAGUGGGUGGCUUCAAUGCUAUGAGAAAAAUGAUUAUAACUCUAUAUUCCUGGCAAAAUCCUGGUCUGAUCUGAAAAAUAUACAUCUUUAA